UGUAGACAAGUAGCUUGAGUGCAGAGAUACAUAAUUAGGAUUUUGACAUUCCUUCUUUAUUCGUUAUAAGCUAACAGCUUGUAUGACAUCUCAGAUGAAAGCUUUUGAUUUAUUCAUGGGCGGGAUUGCACACAUCCCUGCCCUGACCUUGUUAAAGAAGACCAGUCAGUAGGCUGCACACUAGAAUCAGACACAUACCGAAGGGGAAUCUCAGCAGAUUUGACAUAAGUCAAGUUUUGAGGAAUUAAAAAAUAACUUGACUAAACAAAGAGGAACCAUUACUGACACUACAAGAAAUUGUAACGCAGAUCACAUGAAAACAGAAGACGAUCUGGUACAACUGGUAUGGAGCAAGUUGCCUGCCUGAAAACUGUGUUGAUCCUGAUUACUGCCCCUUAUCUCCUAUUUAUAAAGGGGAUCAGCUCAGAAAAGCUCUUCCACAGUAGGGAUCAUUCAGACCUUGAGCUGCAAAAUCAUCCACAAGCUGAUGCAAUUCUGAGCCCAGAGGCUGCACAGCAAUACCUUGUGAAAUAUGGAUGGGUGACACCGGUAAAUUGGGAGGAGCAAGCAUUGGGAGACAUUCCUGAACUUGACCAAGCACCACAAGAUGUUUCUCUGCUCAUAUCAGAAGGCGAAUCAGGAGAACGGACUAUUGUCACGUCUCCUAAUAAAACUGAAAUUAGUCCAAAUUUUUCUGAGUCUUUGAAAAAAUUUCAAGAAGCCAAUGGACUGAAUGCAACUGGAAUCUUGGACACUCCAACUAAGCUGGCCAUGAACAAGCCUCGCUGUGGAGUUCCUGAUAUAAAAGCACCAUCAAAACGUAAAAAUGCAACCUUGAGUUUCUUGGCUACAAAUGAAACUCAUCAUGAUUCUUUACACACUGAAAAUUUGCGAGGGAAGAGAAGUGUUUUAUCCAAAGUGGUUGACCACUUUAGAAGAAAACGGGACAACAAAGAGGCUGUGGAAAAUGAUAAUCCGAUGAGUUUUUUCAAGAGAACACUGAAGUGGAGGCUAAUGGGAGAGGGAUAUAGCAUGCAGUUGACGAUUGAGCAACAGAGAAGAAUACUAAACACGGCAUUCCGCAUGUGGAGUGAGGUGACCCCACUUCAGUUCGAAGAGGACCUCACAGGAGAAGACAUAGACAUUAAAGUUGGCUUUGGCACAGGCCAGCACCUUGGUUGCUCCCAAGCAUUUGAUGGUGUUGGACAACAGUUUGCACAUGCUUGGUAUCUGGGAGACAUUCAUUUUGAUGAUGAUGAACAUUUUGUUGGGCCAAGCAGUGAGCAAGGAAUCAGCCUUUUAAAGGUUGCAGUUCAUGAAAUUGGGCAUGCUCUUGGUCUACCCCAUAUUAAUCGCAUUGGAUCAGUGAUGCAGCCAAAUUAUACACCUCAGGGGAAGCAUUUUGAACUAGACUGGGAAGACAGAAAAACUGUCCAGAAAAAAUAUGGUGCUUGUGACGGAAGCUUUAGCACUAUUUUUGAUUGGGUGAGGAAGGAACGGAAUUCACGAGGGGAAGUUGUCUACAGGUUCAACACUUACUUCUUCAAGACUGGCUGGUACUGGAUGUAUGAAAACAAAAGCAACAGAACUAGAUUUGGAGACCCCCUUCCCAUCAAGACAGGCUGGAAAGGUCUCCCAGAAAACAACAUGGAUGCCUAUAUUCAUGUCUGGAAUUGGAAUAUUGAUGCACAAUAUUUCUUUAAAGGUACUCAAGUUUGGCGUUAUGACCCUGAGAAAGACAUGGCAUACACUGAAGACUGGAAAAAGAAUAAGUACCCUCAACUUAUUUCAGAUGUCUUUCCAGGAGCCCCAAGUCCUGUGGAUGCAGCUUUCUUUGACAGGAAGGACAAACUGAUAUACUUCUUCAGAGGAAAUAACGUAACAGCCUUCAGUGUAGAGAAGAACAAGGUGAAUGAUAAUUUUCCAAAACGGAUAAUAGACGUCUUCCCACCGGUGGACCCUUCAGACCAUCCAGUUGGAUACAUUGAUGCGGUCUAUUACUCCUACACCUACCAAGCCACAUAUUUCAUCAAAGACAGGUAUUAUUGGAAAAUGGUGAAUGACCAGAACAGACAAGUCAAUGCGUCACUGCCUGUGAAUGGACUAUGGCCGCGGAAGAAGAUAAACUCUAAGUGGUACGAUAUCUGUGAUGUCCACCCAUCUGUUCUUUUCAAUGCGACUUAGGCCAGGAAGUUUUUAUGCUCGGUCUGUAAGCCCACUAGAAAGGAAAAAAUAUGUUGCAACACACUGCUUAUUAUUGCAUUCCAGCCACCUCCAACGCUUCUCUAUGUACCAGAAGAGAUGUUCCCAGGACUGCUUCUAGAGAAUGAGGAGGCCUGGCAGUCAUGGGCUCUUCCAAAUACCUUGUGAUAUGAAAGUGAUAAACACAAAGCCCUGUAGGAAAUGUUUAACCUUAUACAAAGUGUGUAUAUUGCACAGCUUCUGAUUUUCAUACCUUGUUCUGUUCAAUAUCUUAGUGUUAUAUA